AGGGGGGAUCCGCAGUCGAACCACCGAGUCGGCAGACACGCUCGCCUCUGAGCUGUCCUCGGCUUCGUAAUAAAAAAUAACCACCAAUCACAACUUCCAACAAUAAACAACCUGUAAAUCAACCUCAUUGUCUAAACAAAGUGAUAAUAGUUUGUGAAACGGUUGCGUACGGACACCGCGAAGUGAAAACGGGACGUGUGUGAACAGGCAUUCAAAUUUGGAAUCGGGCAUCGACACCAAUCAAAAAUUCAUCCGAUCGCUACGCUAGGUGGUUUCUUCGAGUUGAAACACACUUUGAAUCCAGUUGAAGUUAGUGAUGUGAAGUAAUUACUGGGAUUUUCACCUGCAGCACAGGAAACGGCUUACGUAGUCGCCUAGCGGUAAACUCAGCCGCACGCGAGACUAGUGUUGUUGAGUAACCGUCGGAUUUCUAAAAAAAGUGCUUUCGUUGCUUCAACAAAUAUUUGCUCUGUACACAAACAAUCAAAUCGUGACUUUUCGAAUGUCAACUUUUGUGACUAGGACAUCCUAAGCGGCCUACACAUUGUAGCACGCUCGAACGGUUUUGAUACUUUGUUGUUCACUUAGAAAGCUAGCACUGUUUAUGUUAAACACUUCAUUCGGCGCUAUCACACGAGUUUAGUUAUCAGCUUAUCGUAAUCAGUACACAGAUAUCGUGCAAAAUUACUCUAAAUGCGAAUCUCGUGAGUGUAGAUUGUGAGCCGGUGACGAUUUGGUGUUAACCCGUGCGCGGGAGGUGCAUGACGCCAUGAUCACCGGGGGAUGGGUUUGCGCGCUGCACGUGCGCACGGCCGGGCUCGGCGGGGCUGCGCUGGGCUCCGAUGAGGAGGAGGUGGUGUACCUGGCGUACGUCGUCAUCGAUGUGCUCAGCAACCAGAUAAUAGGCGAGAGAGAAUACGCGGUGAGGCCGACGCGACGGCCGUCCGACGACAUACAGACCGGACAACCCUUAGAAAUAGUUGUACAACAAUUCGACGAGUUCGUGCAGACGCUGCACGUGGACCCCCACUCCCCCCUGUUCCGGCUCGUCACCGACGGACAACCCCCCCUUAGACAAUGUCUGCACCCAGAAGCGUGCAGUAAAGAGCUGACGCUACCCCCGUACUACGCGAGGUUCCACGAUCUCCGCAAGGAGUAUGUGAGGGCUUAUACGUUGCGUGCGGUGGCGCAGACCCCGGGCCAGGCGCCGCCGCCGCCGCCGCCGGAUCACCCCACCACGCUGCAUGAUAUGCUGACUUAUUUAGGUAUACCUCCGUACGACGGUAGUAAUUUCUACACAGCGGAAGCAAAAGACAUGGCCAGUGUGAUACAAAGGAUAAUUACAGAUGGUUUCCGGUUAGAACUGCCAGAGACAAUCGACUUAGUUUUAGAAACUGGAAUUUGCUCAAAAGACGAUGAAAUAGACAACAAUUGCAUAGUGCGAGCUCGCGGGCUGCCGUGGCAGUCUUCAGACCAGGACAUCGCCAAGUUCUUCCGGGGACUCAAUGUUGCCAAGGGUGGAGUAGCCCUGUGCCUGUCCCCACAAGGCAGACGGAACGGGGAGGCUCUAGUGCGGUUCAUCUCACAGGAACACAGAGACAUGGCGCUCAAACGACACAAGCACCACAUCGGACCGCGGUAUAUUGAGGUAUACCGUGCAAGCGGCGAAGACUUCCUCUCAGUAGCAGGUGGCGCCACCUGUGAGGCGGCCGCGUUCCUGUCGCGAGGCGCGCAGGUCAUUGUGCGCAUGCGCGGGCUCCCGUAUGACGCCACUCCGCAGCAAGUCUUGGAAUUCUUCACCACGGGCGACGAGCCGGUGCAAGUGCUCGACGGGUCAGAAGGCGUGUUGUUCGUUCGUCGAGCCGACGGCCGCGCCACUGGAGACGCCUUCGUGUUGUUCUCCAAGGAAGAGGACUCGCCCAAAGCGCUGUCGAGGCACCGGAAGCUGAUAGGCAGCCGGUAUAUAGAGCUCUUCCGGUCUACUACUGCUGAGGUGCAGCAGGUCCUCAACCGCUCGCUAGAAACCCGCUCCUCAUCGUCCAGCACGCCGGCCGCGGCGCCGCAGGAGGGGCUGCUGCCGGUGGCGCUGGUGCCGCAGCACGUCAUCACCUCGGGGACGGCUAAAGACUGCGUCCGGCUGCGCGGGCUGCCGUAUGAGGCUCAGGUGGAGCACAUCCUGACAUUCCUGGACGAAUUCGCCAAGAACAUCGUGGUGCAGGGGGUCCACAUGGUGUACAAUGCUCAGGGUCACCCGAGCGGCGAGGCGUUCAUCCAGAUGGACAGCGAGACCAGUGCCUUCCUCUGCGCUCAGCAGAAGCACAACCGCUACAUGACCUUCGGCAAGAAGCAGCGGUACAUCGAGGUGUUCCAAUGCUCCGGAGACGACAUGAACCUGGUGCUGACCGGCGGCGUGGCCCCCGUCGCCUCGCCCAAGGUGCUGUCCCCCGGUACGUUGCCUCCCCCCGCGCCCGCCGCGCCCCGCAUCCUCGCCCAACACAUCGCCCACCAGAACCUCCUUGCCCGCCAACAGGAGAACUUACUCCUGGCUUCCUUAAGACCCCAAUUACCCGUAGGAUACCCAUACCUCCCCUACUCGGUCCGCCCCUCCACCCCCCAGCCCUAUCAAAUGCUGCAGCAAGCGCAGAUCAUGCCAACUAAACGGUCCUACGAACGAGCGUUUACGCAAACCGCUGAAGCGACGCCCGCUAAAAGACCUUACACGGUCCAACAGCAAAUGGCGCCGGCUUUGUCGCUCCCAAUGUUUUCUUACGCGUCGAAUACUCCGAUAUUCUCUUACGCGAACAGCGCACCGAUGCUGACGUAUGCCAGUGCGCUGCCGGGCGGUAUGCCGGCUGGGAUGGCAGGGGGUAUGCCGACUGGGCUGCCAGCAGGGUACGGGUCGGCCCUGACAGCGGCUUUACCCCCCACGAUGUCCAGCCCGUUCCCCACUCUGUCCAUGUUUCCCACUUACCCUUACUACCCUGGGGUUUAAAUUGGGAUGAUGGAUAAACGGACUUUUAAUCCAAUAAGACACGUGUUUCGCGUUUAGGCAGCUAAAGGGCUUGAAAGUUUUAGACAGAUGUUAGAAGUUGAUUAAAGUUAAGCGUAGGUAACUAGGAUAUAUAUACAUAUAUUUUGAUUAAAAAAGACAUUUUUGAUACAAGGUUGUGAGAUAUUGUGUGUUUAUAAUGUCAAGUAAAAUGCCAGUGAAGGUAGGCAGGCGUAAAUAGGAGAUUCGUUAUGAAGAAAUCGUUCGUUUUCGACUGUUGAUGGUGCUCAGAGAAGCCAACGCUAAAAACAGGGUAAUAAAAAUGACAAUAAGCUCAAAGUUAAAAGUGACUUAAAAUCGUGUUCGUGUGGAAGUAAAUAUUUAAUUUAAAAUUAUACUUCAUUUAUCUAGAUUGUACGUUUAUUUAGUGUACUUAACGAUAAAACAAAUAAAAAAAUCUUAAAAUGUUGACUUACUUAACAGGUAUCAAUCAUUGAAAUACUAGCGGAAUACAUAAUUUCUUUAAAAAAUACCUUUAGGAUUUCUCAUUUAGAUAUCAGUUUUGUCACUGAUUCAAAUAUAAAGUUAUUAAAAGACCGCUGAUGUUAAUUUUAAUAGUAAGUAAGUACUUAAAAGAGUUAUUUGUUAAUAAUUGUCUUUACAAAAGUUUAUUUUUUAACUAUUCUAUUUUAAUAACCUGAGGUUGUUGACAUUAGUUAGGUAAGUUUAAAUUUAUAGGUAAUAUAUAUUAUUAAUGAUCUAAAAACUAUUAUAUGAAAUCGUUUAGUUGUGAUUAUUACAAAACAUUCCAUGAAAAGACGUUUGCUAACAUUUUUAUAGUCUGAUGAUGCAAUUAUGAUCGUGCAGUUUAAACAUUAAUCUAUGUACCUAGUACUUAAUUUUUUUACUGAUUAGUUUUUGAGUACAAUGCACUUAAGUUUAGGUACACGUUGUUUUUUUGUUUUGUCUCGUGUCACGUUUUUUUUACAAACAAUGUUUAUUUAGAAAUCAUUUAAGGAAUUGCAUUUUGAUGCUCACUUUACGUUAACGUUUAUUUUUAGAAGAUUUUUUACAUAAUCUUAGGUUAGUAGGUUGUUAAGCUUUGAUUAUUAUAACAAAUUAGGAUUAUAUUACGUUUAGUUUUUUUGGCGUUUGCGUGCUGCUAUUCCUUUCUCCUUCCCUCCAUCAGUUUUUCCUUUUCCCUCCCAUGAUAAAGACAACGUAUAUUUACUACUUUAACCACAUAACCUUAUGCAUAUAAUUCUCCACUUAGCUUUAUAAUCAUGGUACUACCUCACACCACAUCUAUUGUAGUCAUGUCAAAUAUUAAUUACCUAUUUAUUAAGCUACUUUUGGGUAAUAUUUCAGAACUAUUUCCUGGCAACAUUAUCUUAAAAUAUAUUAUACCAUAGACAAAAGAACUUACUCUUGAUUACGUUACGUAUGAUUUUUUUUAAUAACACAAAUUAGUUCUGAAAUAUGUCCAAUUGGGUGAUAUGUUAAAGAUACAUUUUAUAGUUAUCUUUCGGUGGUUUAACGUUUAUGUUAGUGGUAUCACCGUUGGUCUGUAUAUCACAGGAUAUAGGAAUGGGGCUUUCACAUACCAACACGGUGAAAUGGUUAAUUAUUUGUCUAUGUCAUCCUUAAAAUUUAUAACCUUUUGUUUCAUUGACACAUUAUUAAGAAAGGUACGUAACUCCUGUACUUACCAGCUAUUAAAAGAAUUUUUUUUGCUGAUCCGGCAGGCACAAAUCUAAAUUUAUAGAUAUAUUUUAAUGUAAUAUUAACGAUAAUACUAAAUUUUGAUUUGUGCCUUAAUAAAAAUGGCAGUGUCAAUGUAACAAAAGCAAAGUCUAAGUUGAAAUCAAAUUAUGUAUUUAAUUAGUAAAUCGCUGGUAUAUUCUAUUUAAUAGCACUUUAUUUGGUACAUAUUUGUUUUGCUAAAGAAUAAGAAGAAUACUUAAUAAAAUAUGGGUAAGGCAACCGUACGACGCAGUUUCAAUCUAUAAGUAUGGCAACACAAAUUUAUAUCUACAAUUUUUACCGCGUAAGCAGGGACGUAUUCAUUUUUCAGGGGGAUAAGAAAAAUAUUCUCUUUCGUAUAUUCCGUUGUGUUUUUCUGGUAUUUGUCUAUGGUUGUAUCUGCUUCCUACGAUUGGCUGCCCUGAAGUGUAGUAACAUGCUGUAUCCGUAUGGUUUCUGUGCUGGAAAGCAUGCGACAUCGGCUGAGCGGUAAGUGUUUUAUAUGUUUAACUGAAACGUGGGUUAAAUACUAAAAUAAGUACGGGGUAGCAUGGAAAGCUUAAACUAGCAAAUUGUUUAUACAAAGGGUCUGUUUGCAUGACUGAUUCGUUGGUACAAGAUUUCCUGAAGUUCUUUCGCUUGAUAUGUUUUAAACCUAUUUAUGGCGACUCCAUUUCGCUUCGUUUUCCACAGCACUAUGCGGAUACAAUAUGUUUCGUAAGCCAGUGUACACAGACUUUCCCUUAAAAGUGUAUUUUCCAAAGAAGUUUCGUGUACGUCUCUCCAUUUUACAUUACUUACAUUUCAUUCAACUUUCACAGUAAUUAGUACACCUAACUACUUUAAAUGCUUUCUGGUUUAGCGGUAAGCAGUCUCCCAGUCACUAAAUAAAAAAUAACUCAGCUGACUUAACCAUGCUUUAAUGUAAUUUUCUCUCGUGUCUUAUCGCGUUUUUUGCUUCACUGAUUUUAUAUAUGGUAUUAUUGCCAUCUGAAAGUUAAAAUAUAUUAAAAAAGUCAAUGAAAAAAAAAUGGAACGUUAACUUUAUUUUUAAACUAUAGUGACUGGGGGAAGUGGUGUGAGGCUGAGUUAUCAUUUUUAUGUUUUACUAGUUAGGUAUACAGCUAAGUUUGGUGUUUUGAGUAUAAAACACCACUCAACCAUAUUUGAAAUAUUAUUUACAAAAAAUCUUAUUGCCGAUUUAAUUUUUAAAAAUUCAAAGAAAGUUUAUUAUUACUUAUUUUUUUAUAUAUGCACCUUUUGUUGUAUUUCAAUUAGUAUGACAUAUUAUAACAACUGAUGAUAACAUGCUUUAAUAGACUUUCUUUUUGUUUUUAGUAGUUAAUGCAAUAAAAUCUGCCUAUACGAAACAGAAUUUUAAAAAUAUCUGCUAUGAUAUUUGUGUUAUUUUUGGUUGUCACCUUUUGAAACGUUGCUUUUAGUUUUCUUUAAAUCGUUUAGUAAUAACAAUGAGUUUUUAUAACUAUAUUUAGUUUGCUAAUUAUAUUAGAAUGUUACAUUCUUGAAAUAAAUCGAUUUUAAGUGUUAGUCCAUA